AUGUUUUCUUAUCCAGGUUAUUAAAUCAGAUAAUCUGCAAAAAAAGUCGCUGCAGGUAGCUCCGCGUGAACUGGUUCGAUUAUCAUGAAAUUUUGACAGGGUAUAUAUGAAAAAUGUACCUAUCCAAUGAUAGAUGGCGCUACGUGUAUCGGAUAUCUUUCAAAAGUCCUGUUUACCUUGCGACAGACCUUGUACAUUGGUGUGAUUGACACUAUUUAUAAAUACGAAUUGUUAUCAGUUUUCAAUUCAUUAUCCAGCAAUACUAUCACAUUUCCUGAGAUAAUCUAUGACAUAUCUUUAGAAUCAAAGAAAACAUCAUCUAGGAGAAAUUUAAUUUUUACGGAGAGCUAUUUUUGUGCAAAAUAUGUACAGAUUUUUUCUCGAUUUAUUUAAUAAUGAAUUUUUACUAUUAACAAGAUGUGCCAAAUUUUAUUGUACAUUGUUUUCUUAAUUAUUAAGAACCAGUAUUAAGUUAUGUAACGUGUAAGUAAGUGCCAUUUUUACUAUAUUUCUUUCUAAUAGAUUCAUUUACGAGCUUUUUACAUAAACAGUGUUCUAACUAGGUGUUAAAAUUAAAAAAAAUAAUUUAUAUUUUUUUAAGAAUGAGAUAAUUUAUGAACUAGAAAAAUUUUGGGCAGUAUUUUGAUUAUAAUGAAGAAAAAUUCGUAUCGAUGGAAUGUUGAUACACGAUUUUUUUUCUCAUUUUCAUUAAUAUUUAUUUCCUUGUUAGCUGUUGGUCUUUUUACUAUUUCUUGCUUUUAGGUGGCAUUUACUUAUUGAAAAUGUUUUAGUAAAAGGCUUAUAAUUUAAGAUCAAAUACACAUUCUCUUAUAGUUUAUAGUUGGUAAUUUUUUUAUACUGUAAAUAUUUGUACAUCCAAUAUAUCAGCAUCAUAUCUGUUUCGUACUGGUCGAGUUGUAUGUGUAUAUUAAAAAAUAUAUACAACUCGACCAAUCAUUGUUUUAAUAAAUUUAAGUAACAAAUUCAUAUCAAUUUAUUUAUCAAUUAUGGAUAUAUAUCUGAUACACAUACACUCAGUGUUUAUCAUAAUCAGUAUUUUGUUGUAGUUAAAUUGGUCGGUUCAUCUACCACAUGUAUAUACCAUUAUUCGUGUCAUCAGUGUCAAAAAUUCCUUUAAGCAAUAUAUUUAGUUUCAAAAAUGGGGCUACUUUUUAUUUCUC